GAGAGAGAGAAAGUUUCACAUCUUUUAUAUUCAAUAAUGUAUUUUUUUUUUAUUUUUUAAGAAAAGGACACUAAACAUCUAAAGACACAAACACAAGCAUGUUAGCGGUUAAUAUUUUGUCAAAUUGUCUUUCAAUUGUAUUGAUAGCAUAAUAUAACAGUACAAUCGAUAUCAUAUCAUUAUUAUAUUGAUACGGUUCAGGGGGUGGAUGAUAGGAAUUUACUGAAAAUCCAAGAUCAAAGGCAUUCAAAACGCUGGAGAAAGACGGCGGAGCUUCGGAGGAGGGGGAGAUGUCUACUGGCACCCAGGGCGAGAUCCGGGUUGGCCCCUCGCAUCAGGUUUGCCAAAAUAUAUCUUGAAAAACUUUCUAGCUAUUUAGCUGUAUCGCACAUUGUGCCUUUUUCAAGGCAUGUGCUUAUUAGCAUAGAAGUUUAUUACGAGGUAAGGGGCGUGUGGAUCGCGCGUAUAAAAUCACAAAUCGUUAUUAUCGUGCAUUAAUUGGUCAUUGUUACAUCAUGACUGUAUAUGACUGUAUAAUUGUUAUUAUGAAUAUAUAACUGAUCCUAUAUAUGUAUAUAUACAGACACAAGGACAAUUUUUAUGUAGUUUUAAAUAAUAUUGAUUUUUUGUGUUGUGAUAAUAAAGUCUUCCUUAUAGAAGAUAUUUGCAAAGUCACGGAGAAACAUACAUUGUGCAGAUUAGAUGCCUAAUUAAAUAAUUAAAUUUAUUGAUUUUAAAUGAUUUAUUGAUUUUACUGAUUGAAUUAUGAAUAUAUUGUAUUAAAUUAUGAGGAAAAAGCACAUAAUUUAAUACAAAUACUCCCGCAUAUCUAUUGUACAUACAUUACAUGACAAGGGACAUAUAUGUAUAUAGUAUAUUUUAUCAUCAGACAUAAUGUAAUUUUGUUUUAUUUUUGUACUAUGAAGAUUAAACAAGAAAAUACGAAAAAAGAUUCUGGAGAUCCUCACACACUCCUUACAGCAAUAAAUAUUAAAUGUAAAAACGAAUGUAAAGGAGAGAGAGAGAGAGAGAGCUGCACAUAUGUGCACGCUCGUGCGUGUGUGUGUACGUUGUAUAUAUGUGCAUGUGUUACACAUGUGUUUAAAAAAUACGCGCGCGUGCACGUACAAACGAUUCAUUGAAAGAUAGUAAAAAUUGAAGUUUAUUUUCUGACGGACGAGAUAAAAAGAGUUACGUAAAUAUACAUAUAUGUACUGUAUAUGUACACAUAUGUAAUCUAAUCUGAAAUGUAUGAAGUAUCAGUCUUGAAGUUUCUCGCGAAUAAAACCGAUAAGAGGUACCGAGAUCGACAUAUACACAACUUCUUGUAGAAACUCGCAUUUUUUUCGCACCGAAUAUCGUACACCGACUUUAAAAAUGUCGCUUAUAUUAUAAAUUCGACGUGUUAAUCAUAUAAGCAUAUUUUAAGCUACACUCAAAGAGAGAUAUACUUCAGUCGUAAUCUUACAUAAGCGCGCGCGUGCGAUAUAAAAUUCUUUUUAAAAUUAAUUAUUACACAAAACUCUCAAAGAUUAAAUUUGUUCCGAUUUCGAUCCGAUGGUUCAACUAAAGCAUCACGCAUUAAAGAGCUUCGAAUGUUUCAGGUGUAGACCGAUUUUAUCUGCAAAUAUGUGAAACAUAUUCGUCAAGCUCUCGACGAUAUUUGUUGUAUCGCACGAAUGAUCGCCUCACCAUCAAAAUAUCGAUAUUCGAAUAAACCGAGAAGAGAAUCUUUCUUUGCAAUGCGCUGUGCAUGAAAUACAUAUUUGAGAGUACGGUGUAAUGGUGAUAAUUGCAGUUUAUAUAUUUGGCGUGAGAUGGCAUUUUCUUAAUUUAGGGUGGUAUUUAGUCACGGUGAAGUAAUUGAAUUGAAAAACGCGUCCGAGAUAAGCGGAUCAAUUCACCUUCGCACUGUUUAUACUUGUUGGCAUACAACAAUUAUUCGCGAUUGCUUACUUGAACCAUCUGUGAGCACGAAUAUUGUACCGGCGUGUCCCGAAAUCUAACGAGUCUCCUUUCACACCUUUCACACCUAACGUUUAGAAUAUUCAGUGUAUAAGAUAUUCAAAGAAGAUAUACAAGAGAUAUUUUUAAAGUUACAUCGAUAAACAUCGUCAAAGUACGAAGAUAAACUUUGUUUUCAAUCAAUAAUCGCGUCUGUAUGUACAACUAAUCGAUCAUUAAUGAGAUUUUCGCAUAGAAUGCUCGAAAACGAAAGCCGAUAAAAAGAGAACAAAUCGCGGUCUUCUUAAUUCUGUCUCUUUACGAAUGCAAACAGAAAGAGAAAGAAAGAAAGAAAGAAAAAUGGACAGGCAGAUUUAUGUCGAUUAGUCUUUGGGAAAGUUAGUCCCUUGAGAAGGCAGGCCAUUGAGAACGCGUAGGCCCGUUUGCCUGAGUAUCGGCCGGGUAUACCUCCCGGAGAGCUGCCACCCGAUCCAGAAUUCUCCAAGGAGCGCGAGGAGCUAAGAUGGAUACCGGCGAUGGCGUUGGACGGGGAUCUGCUCAUGUACUUGAGGGCGGCCCGUUCAAUGGCAGCGUUCGCCGGUAUGUGUGACGGCGGUUCACCGGACGAUGGUUGCGUGGCCGCCGCCCGAGACGACACUACCAUCAACGCGCUGGAUAUCCUGCACGACUCUGGCUAUGAUCCCAGUAGGGCGCUCCAAGCACUCGUCAAAUGUCCCGCACCGAAAGGCAUCGACAAGAAAUGGUCCGAGGAAGAAACUAAGCGAUUCGUCAAGGGUCUACGGCAGUUUGGAAAGAAUUUCUCGCGUAUUAGAAAGGAUCUUUUACCUCACAAGGAUACGCCGGAGCUGGUCGAGUUCUAUUACUUAUGGAAGAAGACACCGGGCGCUAAUAAUAAUCGUCCUCAUCGACGACGCAGGCAGAGCUCGCUACGGCGAAUCCGCAACACGCGUAACUCCCGUGCCGGCACACCCAAGGAGGAGAUCCCUACGCCUACCAAGGACACACCGCCAGCAGUUAACCUUAGCACGAAGGAGACCGCGUCCGAGGUUGAGACCGUACCGGUCGGUACCCCGGCCAGCCACAAUCCAGGUGGCGAGAUUAGCUCCGUGACCGAAGACGAUAAUUCGGAGGAGGAUAGUGACUCGCGCGACACUAAUACAAACGGAGCGGCGCAUUCAUGCCAGCAUUGCUUUUCCAGUAGCUCGAAAGACUAUCAAGUAGCCGGCAAAGAUCGACUAUUGCUCUGCGCGGAAUGCCGGGCGCACUUAAAGAAGACUGGGGAACUGCCGCCCUUGCAGCCGUAUCUGUUCCGCCCGGUGCCCGCGGAAUCGCCCGAGAGUCCCGGUAGGAUGCGCACGCGGAAUAAGGCUAAGGAGACACCGAGACCAGCGAGACCGCGACGAACCGGCGGCGGCACAGACACGCCUGAUCAAGAAAAGCAGCAACAGCAACAGACGCCUGAUAAAAACAAGAAGAAAUCGUCCGGCAAAGCCGAUACGCCCAAGAAGGGUCACAAGCGCUCGAGUCAAACGGACGACACUUGCAACGACGAGGAUAAGGAAGCACAAAAGCGAAAACGCGGCGGCGGCGAACGGCCCGAUAGCCCGUCCGAAUCUCUUACGACCGACAGUAACUCCCUGAUGGAUGAGCCGGAGAGAGAGACGGAAGGUGACGCAAACGAGAAUCAACCGACGCCGCCAACGGUAGCCGGUGUAACCGGUGGAGAAGAGCCCGUCAGUAGCCCGGCCGUCACGACGCCCGAGGAGCCGUCCGAGCCAACGCCAGCGUCAACCCCGGUACCGGCCGCAAUACAGAGCCUGCCGAUAUCGGUGCCGGUGAUACAUAAUCUGGAGAAGAAGCCUUCCGUCUUAUUGGAUCAAGAACCGGUAGAUCAAAACAAGAUAGCCGACCAGACGGAAGACGUACCAUUGGUCAUGAACCAAGCACUGAAAUUAGAACCGUUGCCGAUCGACUCGACGAUGUCACCAACUAUGUCUAACGAGGAUAUGGGCAAGGAGCCCGAAACGGCGCAAUUGAAUUUGAGCACAUCUGCGCAAUCUGUUGGGACGGGUCCGAGCGACACAGCAAGUCCCGCGGUUACGGUUCGCAAUCUAUCGCAAAAUAUACCGAGUAUUAUCACGAGCGUAGGCUCACAGGCAGCUAUAUCAAGCUCGCAAAUUCCGGUGAUAUCGCCCGGUCAGCAACAGACCGGCACUGGUACCGGUGGAAUGCCGACAAGUCUCAGUAUGCAGUACGUGCAGCCGCCACCACCACCACCGCCGCCGCCGGUACAAAACGUGCCGCAGAACCUUUCACAAAACAUGCCGCCGCAGAUGACGCCGAGCAGCUUGCCGCCGAACGUGCCGAAUAUGGGACCAACAAAUCUGCGCCACGUAACCGAGAGCUUGCCAACUUCGGCGCAAACAUUGCCGCAAAGCAUGUCGGGACCGCCACCGUUGAAUCUCAAUAUCUCGCAGAGCGUGUCGGCCGGUAUCGGUGGCCCGAUCGGCCAGAUACCGCAGAUGCCACCAAUGUCGAGUUCGCCACCGCAACCACUCGGUUUGACCGUAAUGUCGUCCGAAAGUAGAAAUGCCGAAAGAAUGGUGGACGAUAGACUGUCAGUGAACGAUCGAGUGCGCGAUAGCCGAGCUCCCGACUCUCGUAUGAUGCCAGAGCGCGUUUCGGAACGAACAAGCGAGAACAAUGAGUCGGAACGAUCGGAGCCGAGCAACUUGUUUCAGCCGAUACAAUCCGGCGGAAUGUUGGCGAUGGAGAAGCCCGCGGGUAUCUACAAUUUACCGGCCGGUACACCGCCGAUGGAGCCGCAGAAUCUAAAGAUAAAGCAGGAGAUCAUACCACCGGAGCCGGAUCCUCUGCAAAGCUUGAAGGAGGUCAAGGUACCGGGCUUCCAGAGCUCCAAUUUUCCAGGUCCGAGUUUGGACAAUAUCAAGAAGGAUCCGGACGGCGCGAGCAAACCGCCAACACCAAGCAAACAUUCUAUGCCGCCAGUUAGUCAGGCGGUACCGUCGAUUCAGCCGGUCGCGGCAUCGCCGACACCGACGCCGAACCUACCGCCGCCGCCCAGUUCGAUCCCUCAACCGGUAAUGCAUCCGGCGCAGCAGCCGAGCCCGCAUAUGGCUCAUCCCUUCCAUCCACAUCAUCCGCUGAUGCAUCAUUCUUUGUUCACCGCUAUGCAUACGUAUCAUCCUCAUCCCUAUCCAGGAUACGCACCAGGAUACCCAUCCUUCCCGCCAUACGCUUACGGUCCGGUACCUCAUGCCAUUCCGCCGCCUUCGCCGCAACGAAGUCAGGAAAGCAGCAACGCUAUGAUGGCGGCGCAUCAUGCCAGCACCAGCUCAAGUGUCACAAGCAGAGAAGAGGGAGAGAAUCUAAUCGCGAGUCAUCACCAUUCGUCUAGUAUGCAUCAGCAGCCGACGAAUUUGCAUCACGAGAAACUAUUGAGCAUCUCUUCUCACAGCUCUCACAGUCAUUCGUCGUCCCACAGCUCACAUAGUAGUCAGCGCAAACCGUCGCUCGUCUCGGCUACAUGUCUAACGUCAUCGGCUAGUUCCGCGCAUCAUCAUCAUCGUGCGUCGCAGCCGCAGCAACCGCAGCCGAUUAUGCAGGAGCCGAAGAUCGAACAACAAGACAUGGAGACCGAGCCGGAAGAGUCAGUUAGUCCUCGUGGACCGUCGCCAGAACCGCGAAUUGAGGAUUCCGAGUGUCAUCGUUCGCAGUCGGCGAUUUUCCUGAGGCAUUGGAAUCGCGGCGAAAAUAACUCGUGCACGCGCACUGAUUUGAUGUUUAAACCUGUGCCCGAUUCGAAGCUUGCAAGAAAGCGCGAAGAACGCUCGCGGAAACAGGCAGAACGAGAGCGAGAGGAGCGUGAUCGCGCCGCUGCUGCAGCUCAACAGGCUAGAAAAAUGACGACACCGGAGAAACAACCUGAAGUAUGCAAACCACCCAGCCGCGGACACCUCGAACCGGUCGUUUCGCCAUACGAUCGUUACGCCGCGCGUCCUGGUUCUUAUGCGGACACGCCGGCGCUCAGGCAAUUGUCUGAAUAUGCUAGACCGCACGCCGCUUUCUCACCCGCCAGACAUCCCGCCCCGCCCGAUCCGAUGUUACAUUAUAUCUACGGACGUGAGGCUGCAGCAGCGCAACGGUUGGAGUUGGAGCAUUUGGAGCGCGAAAAGAGAGAACGCGAGAUACGCGAAUUACGCGAGAGAGAGCUGAACGAUCGAUUGAAGGAGGAAUUGUUCAAGGGUACGCCUAGACCGAUGCCGGCACCGCCGGUUGAUCCACACUGGCUGGAGAUACACCGCCGAUACGCCGCCGCCGGUCUGACACCAGCCCCUUCUGGACCACCCCAGGCCUUACAUCAGUUCGGCCUCUACGGCGCUCCACCGGGUCCAAGUCAACUCGAGAGAGAACGACUCGAACGGCUAGGGAUUCCGACUGCAGCCGGCGGGGGGCCAGCGGGUGGAGCGGCUGGCCAUCCCGUGGCGGCUCAUCAUCACGGCCAGUUGGAAGAACGGCUGGCUCUGGCCGCUGACCCGAUGGUCCGAUUACAAAUGGCUGGCAUCUCGCCCGAGUAUCACGCUCACACUCACGCGCAUACGCAUGCGCAUACGCACUUGCACUUACAUCCGGGACAGCAACAGGCCCAGCAACAGGCUCAGCAACAGCAGGAAGCCGCUGCGGCUGCGGCUGGAUUUCCUCUGCCGGCUGCGGCCAGCGCCAAUUAUCCUCGUCCCGGUUUAAUGCCGCGCGAUCCUGCUUUGGCACUUCAUCCGGCGGAACUUCUAGGAAGACCGUACGCGGACAUGGCGGCGCAUCACGAACAGUUGCAACGGCAUCUCAUGAUAGAGCGCGAACGAUUCCCUGCGCAUGCAUCUCUCGUGGCUCAUCACGAAGAAUACCUGAGACAACAGCGUGAGCGCGAGCUUAAAGUUCGCGCGCUGGAAGAAGCCGCACGUGGAUCGCGUCAAUAAUUAUAUUUUUUAUUUAUGUACAUAUAAUAUAUAUAUAUAGUUUCUUGAUUGCGUUUAAGCACGAUAUAUUAUUA